UUCACAAGGGCAACACUCUCCUAGAAGAGGAGGAUGAAACUGUAGACAAAAUCGGCACUGUAGUAAUCUUUAGGUAAAUUGGAAGAAUCCCCCUGAUGAAUGGAAAUCUCUUUCAGUCUCUCUCACCCUUCAAUACCCACUAGUUCAAAUUCGCACUCGAAUCUCUCCAUGUAUUGAAAGAAAUCCCUAAAAAACUAAAAUUUGCAAUGUAUGCCAGGGUGUUUAACUUUGGAAGUCACAGAAGGAAACCAAUUCUUCAAGCAUCGUACAAGUAUUUCAAUACCUCUAACCAUAAUAGAACUCUAUCACAGGGUUCUUCUGUCUGCAAUACUAGUCGGUUUGGGAGACAUUAUGGGUUAAGGUUUUUUGGGUCUGAUAGCGGUGGUGGUGAUGGAAAUAAGGGUGGGGUUAAACAGAAUACUAGUCUUUCUGAGGCGUAUACUCGGCUUGCAGAAGAAGACCAAAAAGAAUGGCUGCAUAAUAAGUUAUUAACAGCUGCCAUUAAAAGCAAACAAGUACCUCCAUUUGUAUCCAAAAAGGAAAGAUUCAAGAAGGAGUUCUUGAGAAGAAUACUUCCAUGGGAGCAAAUUACAGUCUCAUUGGACACGUUUCCCUACUACAUUAAUGAAAACUCGAAAAACUUACUGUUGGAAUGCGCUGCUUCUCAUUUGAAACAUAAAGAUAUAACCGGGUCUUAUGGUAAUCGGUUGGCAUCUUCAAGUGGUAGAAUACGACUUCAGAGCGCCCCAGGGACCGAACUUUAUCGAGAAAGAUUAGUUAAGGCACUUGCGCGAGAAUUACAAGUGCCACUAUUGGUGCUUGAUAGUAGUGUUCUUGCCCCUUUUGAUUUUAGCAAAGACGAGAGUGAGUUGGAUGAGCCCACGGAAGAGUGUUCUUCACAGUCUGAUGCGGAAGAGGAUAAUGAUGCAAGCAACGAAGAUGAAAUUGCAAGCAGCAAUGAGGGGAAGCAGAAAAUCCUUAGGGCAUUCAUCCCAUUCAGUUCUGAGGAAUUUGCAAAAAUAAUGUCUGGAGAAAGUAUAUUACGAUCUGUGGCUGUGCAGUCACCAAAGCAUGCUAAAAGGCCACUUAGAAAAGGAGAUCGAGUGAAGUAUAUUGGUGAUUCUAUCAUUAUUGAAGAUGAUAAAAGGCCUUUACCAACUGGUCAGUGUGGGGAAGUGUAUCAAGUGAAUGGCGACAGAGUAGCCGUAGUUUUGGAUUCUAUAAGUCACGAAGAAGCAGAUGAAGCUGCAGAACCAUCGGUUUAUUGGAUACCUUCUGAGCACAUUGAACAUGAUCCUGAAGAUUGUAACAUUGCCAUAGACACACUGCAUGAGGUUUUGUCAUCCUCGGAGCCUCUUAUUGUCUACUUUCCAGACUCUUCUCAAUGGUUGUCGAGGGCAGUUCCCAAGUCAAAUCGUGAAGAAUUUGUUCAAAAGGUGGAGCAAAUGUUUGAGCAGCUGUCACUACCUAUUGUUUUGAUCUGUGGGGAAAACAAGGUUGAAACAGGGUCAAAGGAGAAAGAGAAAUUUAUGAUGGUACUUCCUAAUUUUGGUCGUCUUGCGCUGCCUCUCUCGCUGAAGAGUUUAACGGCGGAAAUGGAAGCAACAAAGAGACCAGAAUAUGAGGAUCUGUCUAAGCUCUUCACCAAUGUUCUAUGUGUUCAUUCUCCUAAGGAAGAUGAACUGCUUAGGGUGUUCGAUAAACAGGUUGAGGAAGACAGGAAAAUUAUGAUAUCAAGGAGUAAUCUAGACGAAUUGUACAAAGUUCUGGAAGACCACGAGCUAUCAUGUACGGAGCUUUUGCAUGUUAAAUCUGAUGAUGUGAAUCUCACAAAACAGAAGGCUGAGAAAGUCAUUGGGUGGACUCGAAAUCAUUAUUUGUCAACCUGCGACUGUCCAUGUGUAGAGGGUGCGAGAUUAAAUCUGCCACGUGAAAGUCUGGAGGUUGCACUUUCAAGGUUAAAGGAACAGGAUAUGUCAACGAAGAAAUCCUCGCAAAAUCUCAAGAGUUUUGCUAAGGAUGAGUACGAGAGCAACUUCGUUUCAGCUGUGGUCCCAGCAGAUGAAAUUGGUGUCCGCUUCGAUGAUAUAGGUGCACUUGAAGAAGUGAAAAAGACAUUGAAUGAACUUGUCACUCUCCCAAUGAGGAGACCUGAGCUUUUCUCUCAUGGAAAUUUGUUGAGGCCAUGCAAAGGGAUACUACUUUUCGGUCCUCCAGGAACUGGAAAAACUCUUCUGGCCAAAGCACUUGCAACUGAAGCAGGAGCUAAUUUUAUUAGUAUCACUGGUUCGACCCUUACAUCAAAGUGGUUUGGAGAUGCUGAGAAGUUGACCAAGGCUCUUUUCUCCUUCGCGAGCAAGCUAGCGCCUGUUAUCAUAUUUGUUGAUGAGGUUGAUAGCUUACUUGGUGCUCGUGGGGGUGCAAAUGAGCAUGAGGCCACCAGAAGAAUGCGCAAUGAGUUUAUGGCAGCCUGGGAUGGACUGAGGACAAAAGACAGCCAAAGAAUCCUCAUCCUUGGAGCAACAAAUCGUCCUUUCGACCUUGAUGAUGCUGUUAUACGACGUUUGCCGAGAAGGAUUUACAUUGACUUACCUGAUGCUGGUAACCGAAUGAAGAUUUUAAGAAUAUUUCUUGCUCAAGAAAACCUGGAACCUGGCUUCAAGUUUGAUGAACUUGCGAAGACCACGGAAGGAUACUCUGGAAGUGAUUUGAAGAACCUCUGUAUUGCAGCCGCCUAUAGGCCUGUUCAAGAAUUACUGGAAGAAGAAAAAAAGAGCGGCGCAAAUAAUCCAUCUCAAAUAUUAAGGUCCCUUAAAUUGGAGGAUUUCAUCGAGGCAAAAGCUAAGGUUGGCGCAUCAGUUGCAUAUGAUGCUACAAGCAUGAAUGAGUUGAGGAAAUGGAAUGAACAAUAUGGAGAAGGUGGGAGCAGGUCAAAGUCUCCGUUUGGCAUCGACCUGGACUGACGAUCAUCAAAUAUUUGCCAAGUAGAAAAACGAAAUAGAAGUGACAGCUAGCUUUUACAAGUAAACAACCGGUGGGAAGACCUUAUUAUACCUGCCAGGAGUAGAAAAGUGUCUAUUAUAGUAAUGUAUAGCGAAAGGGUCUGAGCCAAACUAUGUAUUGAUCGAUGUAUAUUAAGUUUGAUAAUUUAAGCUUUCAUUUGAAUUACUGAGUAGAUGUUCGAUGAUCCCCAUUCUUGGACACCUUUUUUUUUCACUACACAACUCAAGUGUUAUGCUAACUAAUUUGUCUUCAAGUUGA